AUGCUGUCAAACGUGAUCAUUUUCGGCUUCCUGGCUAUUGCUGCAACAAAUGGUGAUAACAGAGCAACAUCAGAUCCGGGGGAGGUGGCUUUUUCCGCAGGCCUGACAUCUAUGUUAACACUGAGUCAUACCGAACGAGUAAAAUACAACCGAAUUUACACUAACAUCGGAAACGGCUACCAUAGUGACACGGGAACAUUCGAAUGCCCUGUUGCUGGGAUUUACGUGUUCCAGUUCCAUUCCGUGGCUCAUCAGAACAAGGCGGCAUGGUUACAGCUUUAUAAGAACUUCCAGUACGUGGCUUCCACAUAUGGACAUACUGUCAAUGAUUAUGCCUCCACAGGGAACUCUGUCAUUCUACAUCUGUCAAAAGGUGAUGAAGUCUAUAUACAAGCAGUUGACCCUAUCUACGGUUACGCAACAUAUCUAUACGGCGCCAAUGAUGAAGUCUAUUGUACUUUCUCUGGUUAUAUGAUUUCCCCUGUUUACGAGGAAAUACCCGGUAACGGAAAGUGA